UCGUGGUACGAUAAUAGUGGAUUCGAACCGGCACCACUCGGAUAAGCCGAUCAACAAACCUACCUACACCAGACUUAAAUUAUGUUUUUACGCUUGAAAAUGACACCUGCGUCAUAGAACUCAGCUAGUCAACAAAGACUACUCAGCAUUUUAACUAAACUUCAAGGCAAAUCGUGUUCAGAAUAACGUGCGCAAUAUUGCAUAAGGAUUUCACAAUAUAGGUAUCAAUACAAGUUGUUUAUCAAAACAUUACCAUUAGGUUCAAAAUCAAAUAAAUCAUUUAAAUAAGUGCAGUAAAGUAUUGUUUUAUUUGCAAUAACAUUACGCAAUACAACAUGCAAUCUGGGUGAGUUAAAGUCAUCGACCGUCGUUCGGCAGGUGUGCGCGCAAUACUGGCCUCUGAUUGGUCGAGAGCCGAACGGAGAAACAGCCACGCAAUAUUGCCGCCAUAUUAUGUUUCGAGUAUAACACAGUUUGUGUUGCGACGCAGUUGCCAGUUGCGCAUUCAACUUCAAGCGAGACGGAUGUCGAAUUAAAUUAAUUGAUACUAAAAAAUAAAUUCAACAAAAUAUGGAAGGAAAAUACGACUUGUUUACAAGAGUGAGUGAUCGGAGGGACAUAGUGGAUUUUGUGAAGGAAGUCGAGAAAUAUCCGUGUUUGUAUGACAAAACUUUACCGGAAUACGCUAAUAAGGUGCAUAAUCGCAGAGCAUGGUCGACAAUAGCGAAAAAGGCGAACAGUUCAAUACCAGAUUGCCGAGACAAAUGGCGGAAAAUCCGAAUAUCCUUCAUGAGGUCACUAAAACAGCAACAAAGCGACAAGCCUCCGAUGAGACCCUACUACCUGACUGAAGAACUGCACUUCUUGAAACCCUUCAUCAAAAUACGGCCCAGAAUACAUGACGAAGGCAAAGAGAUCAAGAAGACCAACGACACUCCAUCAAAAGCAAAUGGAACAGAUAUGGAUGUCGAUUCGCUAUCAAAAAAAGAAAUUAUUUCUGACAGUGACUUAUCAGACUGCUGUGACAGCGAUCUGUUAGAUGAAAGAGAAGUACAUAGAAUAGAACAACCAGUCAAUGGUCAUGCUAACAAUACGAGCGUGAUAAAAUUAGCCAACAGCGUGACAGAAAAUGGGCACUCGACAAAACGACAAAACAGUUGUAGGAACAGCUACAGUGAUGAUAUUGAAGGGAAUCCGAGGAAGAUGUUCCUCUUAAGUCUCUUGCCAGAUGUCGAGUCGUUGACAGAACAAGAAAUGAGAAUAUUCCGACGAGAAGUCAUAAAUGUAGUUGAUAACAUAAUAAACAGCCGGAGUAUACGGAAAUAAAUAUGUUUUUGUUA